AGAUGAAAUUGUCCCAGCAAUCACAGAAGAGGAGGAGAACAUAAAGGACUUUAUGGAUAAAGCUACGCAAACUGUACUUACAGACUUGACCAGUGAACACAAUAACGUUUGGUCAUCAGAAAUGGAGCUCCAGGUCAGCUAUACUGACAAGAGUGCCACAGAAAAUGACAAGCCUGUCUCCUGUCUACAAGUAUUUGAUGAGAGCACUUCGGACAUGACAUUAUCAGCUGUGGUCAAGGACCACAAUUCUGUUACUGUGUCAGUUAAUGUAAAAGAGGAUGAUGAUGUUAAUACUUCAUCUGAGAUCAGCCAACCUAGUGAAACAACAGCACCAAUACAUGAUGGUAACAUGUUACCUCUAGAACCGCACAUUAUAUAUACAAUGAAUGACCGUGUGGACAGUAAUAUAUCUGUACCAGAGUCUGAGAAACCCUGUGAUGUCUCUCAGGCAGGUACAGAGACAAACUCCAUAUCGUAUAAAUUUGAAGAGAACGAGACAUCCAAUGAAGAAAUUUCUGAUCAUCUUAAUGCACCUCAUGUGACAGAAAGCAUGGAUGAGUCUACAAUAUCACAGACAGUUGAGCAGAUAACACAUGUUAUGCCAUUAUUGUCCAUGCCUAGUAAUGAAUCUCAUGUUGAUGAACCCUGUCAGGAGCCGUAUGAAAGUAACUAUCAUAUGUUAUCAGUAGCUCUCGAGGAAGAACAUUUUAGUCCUAUUGUGGAGCGACAACUGCCUUCCCUAACCGGCAGCAGCAACAAUCGGGUCACUGUACAUCUGGGGACUGAGAAAAGUACAAGUCCUGGUUCAUCAGUGAUGCCCACUGAGGAUACAGACUUUUUAACUUUCAUUCCUAAACCCAACAAGGAUUCCUUUUUAUUAAUAUUAUCACCUGAAAAUGCUGAAAGUACACAUUUUGAACUCUCUACCAAAGUGGAAGAGGGUGUACAAUUAAUACCCUCUGCAUCCAAUACCACUGAAUCACAUUCUUCUUCUUUAAAUUUGAAUAAUAAUUUUUCUAUAUCAUCCCCCAGUCAAGAGGCACAUCAUAGAACAUCAGUACCAGAAUCUAACAAUACUGCACCGCUUACAUCUUUUUCUGUGCAAAGUAACCUUGCUGACUCGCAUUCUCAUCAAACUGAUAGCCUUUUUCCAGUAACAUCUCCAGCUUUACACAGUGUGGAUACCAAAAUGGAAGACAAAGUUCAUAUUGAAUCACCUGCUGAGACAAUCCAUUAUACAGUUAAUGACCCUGUGGGAGAUAUAGUUGACCCAACUGGAUCCUCCGUUCUGUAUGGAGAUAUUGAGGAAAUAGAAAUGAAAAAGGCAACAAAGACACCACAUACAGAACAGGGAAAUGUACCAAAUGAGAAAAGGCUGAGAAGUGAGGAUAGCUCUGCGGAAAUGUGGGAUAUCUUACAAGGAUUGCACACAUGUGUUCAAGAAAUAAGAGACCUGCUUAUGAAUAACGGCUUUUCCUCUUUAGUUGAUGGUUUAACUGCAGACAUAAAAGACUGUAAUGGAGAUGAAAUAUCCAGUAAUAUUACACAGCUUAAACACUUGCCAGCAGUAUUGCACAGUUUACUACAAUCUGCCUCAGAAAGUGAUAAACACAAGCAGGCAGCUGAUGAACCUGCACAAGUUGAUGAUAUAACACAUAGAAGCAUGGAAACUCAGACUGACAGAAUUACACCAAUACAACGCCAGUGCAACUCAGCCAGUACACUUCAAGCUUCAAUAUUUACCCAUCUUGAUGAAGAGCACAACAGACGGAUAUUGCAGCGGUCCAGUGACCAGGGCAAGAUACCAUUUCAUGUAUACCAGGAGGCCAAUAGAGCAAUGUCAGAAUACCAUAGACUGCGCCAGGAGCGGCUGCGUUCCCUAGCUUCAGGAUAUGUGCAAUAUAUUUCCUGGAACACAGCUGAGAACCACUUACAAAGACAGUGUCUUACCAGACCACACAUCAUACCUGCCUUGUCCAAGAUAAAAGUACUGAAACACCAGGUUUUCCUCCGCUGGAAAAAAAAGAGAGAGCAGAGUCAAGAAGAGAAGCUGAAUCUGUCUAUAUCCCUCCACCAGAUAUUACAGGGAGUUCAGGAGGACAGUGGAAUUUUUCUAAUAAAACCUGUGCUGUCAUGGUCUGGAAGAUCAUCAAUGCAGAAGGGUCACUCGCAAAUUCGGUCACAUUAUAGACAUCCUCAAAGGAGUAGGUUCCCACCCCUUGACCAGGAUGGUAUUUUGUGCUGUGGGAAAGUCCCACCAUCAAUGCCCAAGGAGUGGAAAACCAUGAACACUGAUUCAGAAAUACAACCAGUAGUCGUCACCCCCAAACUCCUGGAGAUGGAUGUGCGCAGAUAUUUGUGCAAGGAAUGCAGUGUGUCCCGGAUAUGCAGCUCUCCAGCUGGAUUACUCCUCAGAACUCUCCCACUUCAAAAAUUUGUCAGCUUUAAGCAGACCUCUUCAUUACCAGCAAUGUGACUUGUGGACAUUCAAGUGUGUGUGUGUGUGUUUUUUCUUCAGAAUAUUUGUAUAACAAAUCCACACAAAAGGGUGUAACAACAAUCAACAAUCUGUUAUUUAUUGUGGGAAAACGACUUAAAAACCCCAAAACUAAUAUAGAAUACAUUGCAUCUUACCAGUCCUUAAAUGUGGUGGCCAGGGCUGCUUAUAGAAAUCACGGGGCCCCGUACAACCUACCUGACAGGGCCCCGUGUACAAAUUUCCAAACAGAAAUCCCCCCUCCUAGCACAA